AUGCCAUUCAAUUUACCAUGAAAAAACAUUGGUUUUCUUGUCUUUAGUCCCCUUCACAAAUUCAAGAAUUCCAUCAAAAUUUUAGACUCAAAGAGGAAAAUGGAAAAACCUCUCUCCCCCCACAAAGAAAAGUCGCUAUAUUUUCACCAUUGCCAAAAUUUCAAAUAAUCUUUCCCUCACUUCUCUUUCCUCUUGCACACCAUUUUCUCUGGCAUCAAUCAAUCGAUCUUCAACUUCAGUUCUUCCGAAAAGGGAAUCGAAAAACCCUAAUUUUUGCACCCGUCAGUUCAAUUUCUUGAUACCGUCUCUGUAUUCUCUCUCGCUCUCUCACACACACGCGCGCGCGCACACGAGCACUCGUGCUUUCACCGAAAGAGUAAUGCUCGUGCACCAAAUCUGGAGUUAAUGUGUUGAUUCCCGUAAAGGGUCUCAAGAGCAAUCAUUUUAUUCAAUUCUAUCACAGCACCCCGAAAGUUCAUUUCUUUUGAUUUUGUUUUCAAUUAUACCUUUUUUUUCUCCUUUGAUUUCAUGGCUGCUGCCUCUUUGGGUCGAUGAAGUAAUAAAUAUCAGAAAAAGGUGUGGGUGAGCUUUUUUCCUCUGUACUGACAGCGGAAAUUGAUUCAUAGUUCAGUUCAAAUCAGUGCUCGAGCAAUGCCGGACGACUUGAUAAUGCACUUCUCCAAUUCUUCUAACCAAUCGGAUCAAUCCUCGAAGAUUGCAAAGCUCGAGGCCCGGUUGGUCGGCAGACCUUCAUCUGCAAUUGCCUCACAGGCCCAAGCCCCGGCCCAGCUGAAUUCGUGGCCCACCCCAGCCAAGUUUGUAGAGACGGGAGACAGCCUGCCCGACUCUUUUGCCGACAGCGAUGAUUCUGAUGAUAAUGGAGGACCCUACCUUAUACAAGCAAAUACUCAAAAACGGCGAAAGCUCGAAGAAGAUAGUUCCCCUGUUGGUGAACAUGUUGAGGAUGGUAAUAUAUCAGAGAAUAUACAGCUGACAGCGCCUGAUACUAGACAAAAAAUCAUAGAAACAGUAGACUCGGACAAGGCUGUAGCAGAAGUGAGUAAAAGAAAACAGGGCCGUGGAAGGGCGAAUUCUUCAGGUAGAGGCCGUGGCAGUCGAGCAAAAAAUCAGAUAACUUCUCCAUCAAAUGGCCAGGUCGUAAACUCACAUCAAAAGGAUGAGUUAUUCAAAGAGCGACUUGGGCACGAUAGCCAGUCAUCAUCAGAGGAUGAUGCGAAUUCAUUACGCGCUAAGGUUGCAUUAUUGGGGGAGGAGCUGACAAAAUCACGUGAGGAGGCUUCUGACUAUCGUAAUAAGUGUGAAUGCCUUGAAAAGGAGCUGAAGGAUGUGAAAGACUAUGAGCAGCAGCUGAAGCCUAAGAGAAUGAAAGUGAUAUCCGAUUUGCUGAUAUCUGUAUCCAAAGCCGAAAGACAUGAGGCAAGGAUGAAAGUACGGCAAGAUUCCUUGAGACUUGGCAAUGUGGGUGUGAUAAGAGCUGGGACAGUCAUAUCCGAGGCAUGGGAAGAUGGACAAGCACUAAAGGAUCUCAAUGCUCAUCUUAGGAGUUUGUUGGAAACAAAAGAGGCCAUUGAGAGGCAGAGAAAAUCUCUGAAGAAACGCCAACCUGAUAAGGGCGAUGCAUCUGAAUCUGAGGGUGGGGUUCAAGAAGAAGAUAUUCUCAUUCAGGACGAAAUAUUCAAGUCUCGUCUAGCCAGCAUCAAGCGCGAAGAGGAAGCAGUUAUGCGCGAAAGAGACCGUUAUGAACUGGAGAAAGGGAAACUUAUACGUGAAAUGAAACGUAUAAGGGAUGAAGAUGGCUCUCGUUUUAACAAUUUUCAGAUAUUAAAUCAGCGUUAUGCUCUCUUAAACCUUCUGGGCAAAGGAGGGUUUAGUGAGGUUUAUAAGGCUUUUGACUUGGUGGAGAAUAGAUAUGUUGCCUGUAAGCUUCACGGUUUGAAUGCUCAAUGGAGUGAAGAGAAGAAGCAAAGCUAUAUACGGCAUGCAAUUAGGGAAUACAACAUUCAUAAAACGUUGGUUCACCAUCACAUUGUUCGGCUUUGGGACAUUUUCGAGAUUGAUCACAAUACAUUCUGCACCAUCUUGGAAUACUGUAGUGGUAAGGAUCUUGAUGCAGUUCUUAAAGCAACGCCUGUUCUGCCAGAGAGAGAAGCUCGGAUCAUAAUUGUCCAGAUCUUUCAAGGCCUUGUUUACCUGAAUAAAAGAUCACAAAAGAUUAUUCACUAUGAUUUGAAGCCCGGAAAUGUUUUGUUUGACGAAUUAGGGGUGGCUAAAGUUACAGAUUUUGGUCUUAGCAAGAUUGUGGAAGAUGAUGUUGGAUCACAGGGCAUGGAACUUACUUCUCAGGGUGCUGGUACAUAUUGGUAUCUGCCUCCAGAAUGCUUUGAACUGAGCAAGACACCUCUCAUUUCCUCAAAGGUGGAUGUUUGGUCUGCAGGAAUCUUAAUGUACCAAAUGCUGUUCGGCAGAAGACCCUUUGGACAUGACCAGACACAAGAGCGGAUUUUGCGUGAAGACACAAUCAUAAAAGCUCGUAAAGUUGAGUUCCCUUCAAGACCAUCUGUAUCGACCGAGGCAAAGGAUUUUAUUCGCCGCUGUUUGACGUAUAAUCAAGCAGAAAGACCCGAUGUUCUAAGUAUCGCCCAAGAUCCAUACCUCAACUAUAUAAAGAAGUGAAUGAAUUAAACCGAAACUUAGUGAAAUUUUGUAUAGUCGUGUAGCAACCGUUGUGUGUUUUGUUUUCUCUUUUGCUUGUUGGGUGUUCUUUUUAAACACCUUUCCAG